GAGCUACUUCCAUGUGGGCUUCCUGCUGUGGCUUGCUGAAUGAAGUCAUGGGUACUGGAGCUGUGCGAGGCCAGCAGGCUGGCUUUGGGGGAGGUGCUGGCCCAUUCAGAUUCGCACCAAAUCCAGACUUCUCGGCAUAUCCCUCUCCGGCUGCAGCGGGUGCGAACAUAGUUUGCAAAGCCUGUGGACUUUCCUUUUCAGUGUUUAGGAAAAAACACGUCUGUUGCGACUGUAAGAAGGAUUUUUGCUCAGUUUGCUCAGUGUUACAAGAGAACCUCAGAAGAUGUUCCACUUGUCACUUGCUGCAAGAAACAGCCUUUCAGCGACCUCAGUUAAUGAGAUUGAAAGUGAAGGAUCUGCGUCAGUAUCUGAUUCUCAGAAACAUACCAACGGAUACUUGCAGAGAGAAGGAAGACUUGGUGGAUCUGGUGCUGUGCCACCACGGGUUAGGCUCGGAGCAGGAUAUGGACGCCAGUCGCUUGCAUUCGUCACGCUCACAGACUUCAGGGUUUUUUACUCAUCCAUUUUCUAUGUCUGUAUCAGUGUCGUCUCAAGGAGAACUUGCCAACAGAAGGGGAAGCACAGGAAAUGGAGCACUUUUACGGGGACAAACCGAAACAUCUUCUAUAAAUAACGAAGAAGAAGAAAGUGCAGAAGAGCAGACCCCUGGAUUGUCCAGAAAGCGAGCGAGGGCGUCUUUGUCCGAUAUUUCCAGUCUGGAAGACAUCGAAGGGUUGAGUGUUCGGCAGCUGAAGGAAAUACUCGCGUGUAAUUUUGUCAACUACUCGGGAUGCUGUGAAAAAUGGGAACUUGUGGAAAAAGUGAGCAGACUGUACAGAGAGAGUGAGGAAAACCAGAAGACACAGGGUGAGAAGAUGCAGCUGAACGACGACGACGACAACCUGUGCCGGAUCUGCAUGGACGCCGUGAUCGACUGCGUGCUGCUGGAGUGUGGCCACAUGGUCACCUGCACCAAGUGCGGCAAGAGGAUGAGCGAGUGCCCCAUCUGCCGCCAGUACGUCGUGCGGGCCGUGCACGUCUUCAAGUCUUAGAACGCCACCAAAAAGGGAUUUUAGUCACCCUUCCAGG